AUGGCAAGUGAUGAUAAUAAUAUUUCUCAAGCACCAAUUCAAACUCAAAGUCAGAUUGUUGGAUCUUCUCAACCAUCUACAACGUCAACUACAAUAAAAAGAAAGUCCAAUGACAUAGGUUGGGACUAUGAGGUAAUUAAUGAUCCUACUAAGUCAAUGGACAAGAUUAAAUGUUUAUUGUGCAAGAAAGUAAUGUCUGGUGGAGUUUAUCAGAUCAAAGAGCAUAUUGUUGGCAUAGCAGGGAAUGUUAGCAAAUGCCCCAUAGCUUCAAAGGAAGAUCAAUUAAAAUGUAGAGAUGCUCUCAUGAUGGCAAAGAACAAAAAGAAGAACAAGAGAGCUGAAGAAGUUAAUAUAAGAGGGGAGGUAAACAUUGGUUCGCAUGAGAGUUUGAGUAAUACACCUACAAAUACUAUUGAUGUUGAUGAGUUGCAAGACAUGCAACAGUUUGGACAUUUCAAGCCACCUCGUCCAAUUGGCCCUAUGGAUAAGUUUGCAAACCAAAUCAAUCCUGAAAGUUCUUUGAGUUCAGGAAAGGGCAUGGCGCAACAGCGGAUAAUUGAGGCAUUUGACAAGGAGAGGAAAGAUAGCUUCAAGUUGAUGAUUGAAGCUGUUGGUCAAUUCGGUCCGGGAGCGCAUACACCAUAUAGAUAUGAAUUGAGUGAAACAUAUUUGAAAAAAGAGGUUAAUCGAGUCCGAGACAGUUUGAAGGUGCAUAAAGCGGAGUGGAAACUAAAUGGAUGCUCAACUAUGACUGAUGCAUGGACAGAUAGGAAGAGAAGAAGCGUCAUGAACUUGUGUGUCAAUUCAAGUUUAGGCACUGUUUUUUUAUCUUCUAAAGAAUGUUCAAGUGAGGCACACACAAGUCAGUUUAUAUUUGAAUAUGUGGAGCAGGGCAUUGAACAAGCUGGAGAGGAGAAUGUUGUUCAAAUUGUCACAGAUAAUGCCGCGAACAACAUGGGAGCUGCUAAAUUGUUGAAGGAGAAGAGGUCACGGCUAUUUUGGACUUGUUGUGCAACUCAUUCCAUUAAUUUAAUGCUUGAAAGCAUUGCAGUUAUCUUUAAAUCUUUAUUCUUUAAUCUUUAUUCUUUAACUUUAAAUCUUUAUAUUGUUCAUACUUGA